UCCCGCAACAAACAUCCCUUGAAGUUCUUCGGAGCACGGGGCAGCACUUUUAGCAUCUAAAAUGCCCAAACGAACUUGUCCUUUUCCCGAAACGUUUUCCUCCCAAUAUAAAUUACAUCUUGGACAACACGAAUUGAACAAAUAUGGCGUGUUUGGGAACAAAAACAGACAAGAAAUAUACGAUAAGACACAGAACUUGCUUUUCAACGGCGCCAAAGCUGCAAUGGACAAAAUAGGGACAGGAGAGGAGACAUGCCCAGAUUCACAACUCGGUGGACAUCCGUCUGCAUGCAGUCAAACUCUUCUGAGAGGACAGACACUCAUUGGACAUGAUGGGAGGCUUACGAGAACAAGUGCUGCACAACAAGGUCUGACUGAACUGAGUCAGGGUGCACAGGUGGCCCCCACAUGCUGCUGCGUGUGUCAGAAAAACCAGGGCUCCAGGACACGGUGUUCCCAGUGUGACAGACUCGUCUGCUCCUCUUGUACCCGACACUGUUCCAGCUGCUCGAGCCUCUGCUGCUCCGUCUGCACCAUCGUAGAUUACAGCGGGCGAUACGAUGAAGUACUGUGCUGCAGCUGUUCAACAUAAAAACGAAGGGAUCUGGAGAAAGUUGCCUUGUAUGAAAUAUUUCCAGGACUACAUUUUAUUCUUGUUUUUUUUUUUUUUUUAUCUGAUUCAGAUCUUGUAUAUACAUUUAUUCCCAAAAUAAACUUGAACCCUUUU